GAGCGAGGCGCUGUGGCGGAGCUUUUGUAGGCCGAGCUGCAGCAGAGCUUUUCCUCUGCCAGCACGACGCGGAUGACGUUCAACAACAAAGAUGGCAGGGGGAAACAGCAACUAUUGGGAAGAUUUGCGCAAGCAGGCCCGACAGUUGGAGAAUGAGCUCGACCUGAAGCUGGUGUCCUUCAGUAAACUGUGCACCAGCUACAGCAGCUCCCGGGAUGGCCGGAGAGGAGACAGGUACAUGAGGAUCUCGGACACAACGCCCCUCCUCAACAACUCCACUCAAGACAGAAUGUUUGAGACCAUGUCAGUCGAGAUCGAGCAGCUUCUUGCAAAACUUACAGGGAUCAACGAUAAGAUGGCAGAGUACACUAGCACACCAGGCGUGACUUCUCUCAACGCUGCAUUGAUGCACACACUCCAAAGGCAUAGAGACAUCCUACAGGACUACACGCAUGAGUUUCACAAAACUAAAUCCAACUUCUUGGCUGUGAGAGAGAGAGAAGAUCUACUUGGGUCUGUCCGGAAAGACAUUGAGUCAUACAAGAGUGGCUCAGGGGUGAACAACAGACGAACAGAGCUUUUUCUUAAGGAGCAUGAGCACCUAAGAAACUCAGAUCGACUUAUUGAAGACACAAUAAGCAUUGCCAUGGCCACCAAGGAGAACAUGACCUCCCAACGUGGCAUGUUGAAGUCCAUACAGAGCAGGGUCAACACUCUGGCCAAUCGGUUCCCGGCCAUCAACAGCCUCAUCCAGCGAAUCAACCUGAGAAAGCGGAGAGAUUCCUUAAUUCUAGGCGGCGUUAUCGGCGUCUGCACCAUCCUUCUGCUGCUUUAUGCAUUUCACUGAUUGACAGAGGAUCUGACCGAUUGCUUUUUGGGGUAUGCUGCGAGCAGUGGCUGGGCCUUGGAGAAUAAAGCUCAGUGAUGGGACCCUGGGGGCUACUAAGCAGACUCCCACUUGGCCUAAUCAGAUAACAGGAUUGAUUGUGGCCAGCAUGGACUACCUUACUUGUAUUUAGCAAUGGGAUGGAUGUAGCUCUUGCAGCAUUUUUGUGUUCCGGAGAAGCUAAUUAUUAUUACAGACAUGCUGUUCUCACGAGGAUAAGGGAAUGGAGACCAAAUAACUAAUAAGACUAGAAUGGUUUGGUUUUAAAGAGCAACUUGUAACACUGGCUUUUAUAAAAAAGUCUCUCUUUAGCACAGCACCAUGAAAUUGUGCUGUUUACUGUUGAUUACUGGGGUUUGGAGGAUUUUAAUGUGAUGGUCCUUUUGUGAAGGGGAUGUUCAUCAUGUUAUGUACAUUGUGAUUUAAUAAAUUAUUCAUAUACAGGAUAUUUAAAACGUGUCACACUAGGCGCUUAACUUUUGAAGUUGUUAUUUUCAGACAUCUUUAAACUUCUCUAAAUGUAACAAUGACUUUUCACAUGAGGAUUUUUAACAGCCUAAACCCCUGUAUUCCUCCUGUAUGCUCUUGUUGAAAGUGAAGAAGUGGCAGAAAAAUUGCUGCAUCUUCUGUGAAGAUUCUAAACGACCUGAGAAAAAAAAACAUUGUACAUUGCCCAGUAAGAUCUCAAAACAUAGUUAGCCACAGUUCACGAGUCUCCACUGGCUGACUGAACAUCCACACUGCUAGAGGAACUGGAGCGUGAGAAAGGCAGCCAGUCUUUGCUUGAUAUGAGAAAUGAAAAGAAUAGAUGCAUGUAAAGGUUUGUACUCUAAAACCUAAGCCAUAGAAGCCUGGAGAGUCUCAGUAAAAGGGUAAAAUAAAUUCCUAAAACCUCUAAAAAUGGUUCCUAUGGUUCCCAUGGUUCCUUUAAAUCUCAUCUUUGUAGCUCAAGUGACAUUUCUCUCAGUAUUGCUUUUGCUGUGUCUCUAAGUCUGGAUGCCUGCCAGAUUUCUUUCUCCAUCAAAACAAUUAACUGAGAGCAGAUGUCAUUGUAUCUCCUUCAUUUUGAAGGCUUUCAGUUUUGCUCUUUAGAAAUUCUCUGGAAUUAUCAUUAAGAUCGAAUCUGGUUUGAUCAAUUAGCCCUAUUGAAACUAUUCUCAAUAUCAACUGCUUAAAAUGGUAACCCAGCUCCCCACAUUGAUACUUUGCCACUCUACAUGGAGAAAACUAAGAAUCCUGGGUUCUGAAGUGCUGCAAGCCCUGAAGCAGGCAGACAUUUAUCUUUGUCAGUGAUGGUGUCCACCUUUCUCUUUGGUCCAUGUAGCUUGACGAAUGAUGCCUGUUCCCCAAAUAGGCCUGCUGAGUUCUGCUCAUUUGCAUCAUCUAUUUUUGAUGUGUCUGUCCCAGUUCAUGCAAAGUGGCCUGUACUGAUGUUAGGAUGAAGCAGUGUAUUGCUUGAGGUUGUGCACUGGCGUACAACUGAAUGAGUACUUUGUGCAGUGCUUAAUACAAUGAGUUGCAAGGAAAGCAUCAAUCCUCCAACAAUGAAGAGCUUGCCAGCUCCUUUAUGCAUUUUUUUUUUUGUUUUUUUGGCCUCUUUAGCCACUGUUUCUCCCUUUUGGUUCUUUAUCUAAAGGUCACAGCAGUCUCUCUUUCUGCUCAAUAUAGUUAUCAAACACUGAAAACCAAUAGAAAUCUUUUAGGUAUCUUGGGUAUUGCUACAUGAGGAGAGCUUUGAAUAGACCCCACACUGUGACAGAGUUUGUUUUCUCUCUCUUCAGCUGAUGUGACUUUGUUCUCUGCUGAAAGAGAUUCCUUGGAGUUGUGGUGACUUCUCUGGAAUCCACUUCAUUCCUUCUUUCUGUGUAAACACUGUAUAUAUACACACUGUUAGAAUUGUACUUUGUGUUUCAUGCCUCUGUGGGGCUAUCUGAUUACACAGUCUAAAGAGUUCAAGAGAUUACAGCUGGCUAGUUUUAACCCGAUUUCCAAUCCUCUUACUUGACUGUAGCUGUCCUUACACAAAUCUCAGCAUUAAAAAGUACUGGAAAAUUGCUCAAUUGCAAGAUUGUUGGUGGCUUCGAUCAAUAAUUGCUGUAUGUCUAAUUUCUUAUAUUUUUGAAGAGCCAAUUCUUCAUCAGUUAGGGAUUUUUUUUUUUGGUGACCUGUCAGUUAUCGGUAUAAUUUAUUCAAAAUCUAGCACAUAUUGACCCAUAUUUACUGUAUUUAUGGCUGUGAAGAUACUCCGGCAUGUCACUGGCCCUAAUGGCACCCUUUGAGCCAUUUCUGAAAACUGAAAUGACAUGGUAGUCCUCAUCCUUUGAGACAGUUUUCCUUCAUUCUUGCAGUUUGAGAACCCCAUUCUGCCUGUAGUCGAUCAGACCACCUUACAGUCUUGUCACAACCAUGGACUGAUAAAAUACAGUUCCUACUGUCAACUGUGCACGUUUUUCACCAUCUUUCACACAGUUUAUUUGCAUUUUAUCACACUCAUUUGUAACUUCUCUUGUUGCUUUAUUUUAUUCUCCUCUAUAUAUGGAAUCUGAGUUGGGAAAAGAGACCCAGCUCUUCUGGCACCUUUUGAAAAUUUCAGAGCCUUUUGUGUGUUUACUGAAGCAAGAGAAAGCUUGUGUACCAGCAAGUUUUAUUAGUCCUUGCACUGUGAUGUGGGAUCAUGGAGAGACUAUCAGCAGGAAACAUCUAAUAAGGAUGUUGUGCAGAAGGAGCUACACUCUGCACAGGUCUAACUACACUAAUGUACAGCAGAUGUGGACCAAAUUCUAAAGAGCUUUUCCUUAUCCUCACUGACAGAAACAUGGCUCUAGUAGAGUUCAAUGUGGUUUGAUGGUAAAUUGUUUGGGCAUAAAUGCAAUAAAUGCUGUAUUACUUUGCUCCCCAAGUUGCACAUAUGCUUUAGCCUGUAUUCAUGAAGCCAAAGACUCCAUUUAACAGUCUAAAUGUUGACGUAAACAGCCCCCCAUUGCUAUAUCAAAGUAAAAGUAUUUCAAUGUGAUGCUUUGUGAUUAUUAAUAAAAUUCAGAAUGUAUUCAAA